AUGGCUCGGAGAGGAGAGGCGCGAGGGCCAAGGAGGAGAGCUGCGCCAGGACGGGAAUGUCUGGCGCAAAUGGUGCCUGGGGUGGGGAUGAGGAUGAGAGAUGGGGAUGGAGAUGGGGAUGGAGAUGGGGAUGGAGAUGGGGAUGGGGAUGGGGAUGGGGAUGGGGAUGGGGAUGGGGAUGGGGAUGGGGAUGGGGAUGGGGAUGGGGAUGGGGAUGGGGAUGGGGAUGGGGAUGGGGAUGGGGAUGGGGAUAGGGAUGAGUGA